UUUAAAACCGAGAUGGGAAAAGAUUUCUACAGAACACUUGGCGUGUCCAAGAACGCAAAUGAUGAUGAGAUAAAAAAAGCAUAUCGAAAGUUGGCACUCAAAUACCAUCCUGAUAAGAACAAGUCAAAAGAUGCUGAGGAGAAAUUCAAAGAAGUUGCUGAGGCUUAUGAAAUUUUGUCAGACAAAAAGAAGCGCGACAUUUAUGACCAAUAUGGUGAAGAGGGCCUGAAAGGAGAAUCUGCAGGAUCUGGCGGUGCCGGUGGCGCAGGCGGUGCUUACACUUACACAUUCCACGGUGAUCCAAGAGCCACAUUUGCACAAUUCUUUGGUACAAACGAUCCAUUCUCUAUAUUCUUUGGGGAUGGUGGAGAAAGAAUGCAAUUUGGUGGUGAUAUGUUUGGAGGGGGUGGUGGAAUGGACGCAGAUGAUAUUUUUGGACAAAUGGGCAGCAAUAGAGGUGGAGCAUUUAGAUCGCAAUCCUUUAAUGUUCAAGGCAACCCUCAUGCUAAAAAGAUGAAAGUUGACCCUCCAAUUGAACAUGAUUUAUACGUAACACUUGAAGACAUCAACAGUGGAUGCUCAAAGAAAAUGAAAAUCUCAAAGAUGGUCGUUCAACCAGACGGUGCUGCUCGUAAAGAAGAAAAAAUUCUACAAAUAAAUGUGAAACCUGGUUGGAAAGCAGGAACAAAGAUCACAUUCCCUAAAGAAGGUGAUCAAAUACCUGGAAAGGUUUCAGCCGAUAUUGUAUUUAUCAUUCGUGAUAAGCCUCAUACUCAUUUUAAACGAGAAGGCAGUGACAUCAAAUAUACAGCAAAAAUAUCAUUAAAAGAAGCACUUUGUGCAACAGGUACAUUGAAAGUGCCAACACUUACAGGCGAAGUUAUUCCUAUUAAUAUUCAAAAUGAAGUCAUCAAACCAUCUACUGUCAAAAGACUACAAGGAAGAGGACUGCCUUUUCCUAAAGAACCAACGAGACGCGAAAGUAGUGAAAAUAUGAAUAAACCUGAAGAAGAUGAGGAGAUGUGGAAUGAAGAAGGCGAUGAACCAGCAAACCCGAAUGAAGUCCUUGCUAUUUGCAUGCAAAAUUUCGCGAAACAGGAUUAUAUUCUUGAACCAGCAAUUUUCCUGCAAUUAAAACGUUAUUUUCAACAUGGAGGGACGCCCGAGCUGGUUAUCAAUCAACUGUCUCAAAACUAUGCGGCUACAGCUCAAAUGGCAAACUUACUUGCAGAUUGGCUUGUCGUUGCAGGAGUUGAUGUCAACGAAGUUCAAGCAAUGGUCGAAAACCAUCUAAAAGAUAUGAUUGUGAAGUCCUUUGACCCGAAAAAAGCUGACACGAUUUUUACUGAGGAGGGAGAGACGCCUUCUUGGUUGACAGACAUGAUUGAGCACAAAACAUGGCGUGAUCUUAUUUAUCGACUGGCUGAAGAAUAUCCUGACUGUCUCAUGUUAAACUUCACCAUUAAACUCAUUUCUGACGCCGGAUAUCAAAGUGAAAUCACUUCAAUCUCAACAGCUGCACAACAACUUGAAGUGUUUUCACGAGUCUUAAAAACAUCCAUCACAAAAAUAUUGACAAGUGCAUCAGAUGACUGGCAGAAUUCAAUCGAAGAACUGGCGAAAAUGGUUUGCCAUGGACAACACACUUAUGUUUAUUCACAAAUUUUAAUUCACUUACUGGCACAAGAAUCAAAAGGAGGAGCAAAUAUGAAGCGACUAUCUCAGGAAAUUCAACAAUAUGCAUUGAAAAAUGGACUUAAUGUGACACCAAUAACUAUGGCUUUAUAUGGAAAUUCGCCAAUUGAACAUCCACAAGCUUGUGAAGCUUUAACUUCAAUGCUUUCAAGAAAUUGCUUGAAUCCAGCUGACAUCACUGUUCUUUAUCGUUGUUAUUCAAGCACAACUGCUCCACCACCAAUUGAUCUCAUUCGAAACUCUCAAUUCCUCGACCUUCUUGUCGAUGCUUUGUUCAAAGCAGGAGUUAAAAUUAAUCCAGAACACAAGUCAAAGUACAUUUAUUUGCUCGCUUACGCAGCAAGUGUGAGUGAAACAUCAACAAAAAAAGGGGCAAACAAGCAAAAAGUUUUACACAAAGAAGAAUUAAAGCCGACAAUGCAAGCGAUUGAACAAGUUCACAGCAUUUGUAAUCUCAACAAAGGAUCAACUGAACUUGUUGCUGAAAUUCAAUCACUUUAUGGUUGCAUUAGAUUUCCAGUUGUUGGCGUUGGACUUAUACGUUGGAUUGGAGCGACAGUCACUGAACCUUCUUUCUUUAAACUUUGCACUGAAUCAACGCCAGUUCAUUUAGCAAUUCUUGAUGAAGUUGCAAAUGUUCAUCCUUCACUUCAUGAACCAAUAUUAAAGCUUCUUAUAAAGCUUUUCGAAUCGAAACAAGACGAGUUGGAAAUUCUUGUUCAGCUCGAAUUAAGGAAAAUGUUGCUUGAUCGAAUGAUAAAUCUUCUCACACGAGGCUGUUGCAUUCCAGUUGUCAAAUAUAUCAAGCAAUGUUGUGCUAAAGGCGACACUGACGUUUCACUCAUCCGAUAUUUUGUAACAGAAGUUUUGGAGACAAUCACGCAACCUUAUUCACCUGAGUUUGUUAGUCUUUUCUUACCGAUGGUUGAAAAUGAAGAUAUCACAGGAAGAAUGAAUGAUGAAGAGAAUGAUCCGUUUGCUGAGUUCAUCGUUCAAGCAAGAGCCAACAUGUAUAGCAAUUAAGAUUUAUUUGAAAUUUAAUUUGUCAGAGUUUGUAAUAAAUAGGUAUAUAAAUGAUUUACGAUUUCAAUUAGAAUAAAUUUAAUGAACAACAACAAACAAACAUGCUGUUUCAAAUUAGUUUCUUUAAAUUAUUAGGUAGUGAAUUUAUGAAGAGAUUGAUCAUUUCAAAAAUUGUUCAGAUGUGCUUUGGAUCCUUCAAGCCAAAAUUAUAAAAAUAAACUUUAAAUCAUAACAAUUGUGAAGAUAAUUUUUGUCUCGCUCUUCAAUUGGGUAACGCUGUCACGUACUUUCCAUCAUUCUUGAAUUUCUCAAACAACGCAUAGAGAACAAAUGAAAAGUAAGAAUUUAUUGCAACAUUGGCUCCUAAAGUAUAAGCAAAAAUAUUGUUUCUCGAAAGGACUGAUG